AUGGGCCGCCUGGACUCCGGAGCAGAAGUUGUGAGUGGCAUUGGGGCCGUGCCAGCUCCUGGAGGAGAGCUGCAGAAAUGGGGAAAAGGGGUGAGGGUCAAGGCCAAGGGGCCGAGGGAGGCCAAAGCCUCUCCUAACUGGCCUCCCCUACAGAUCGAUGAUAUUGCCGAUGGUGCCGUGAAACCUCCACCCAACAAAUACCCCAUCUUCUUCUUUGGUACACAUGAAACAGCCUUUCUGGGACCGAAGGACUUGUUUCCCUACGACAAAUGUAAAGACAAAUACGGCAAGCCCAACAAGAGGAAAGGUUUCAAUGAAGGACUGUGGGAAAUCCAGAACAAUCCACACGCCAGUUACAGCGCUCCACCGCCAGUGAGCUCCUCCGACAGCGAGGAGGCCCCCGGAGCUGACCCUGCGGGGGGCAGUGACGCGGACGAGGACAACGAGGACCGGGGGGUCAUGGCUGUCACGGCCGUGACCGCUGCAGCUGCCAGCGACAGGAUGGAGAGCGACUCCGACUCCGACAAGAGCAGUGACCACAGUGGCCUGAAGCGGAAGACAGCAGCACUGAAGCCCGAGGCCGAGCUGGACCGAGAGGGAAGGAAACCUGGGAGGAAGUCCCAGUCACAGGGCUCGGAGCCCACGAAGAAACCCAGCCAGAAGGAGAAGAGGGGCCGGCCCGAAGACAAGCAGAGAGCCAGGCCUGGGAAAGUGGAGCGAACCCGGAAACGGUCCGAAGGGCUCCCACUGGACAGGAAGGUGGAGAAGAAGAAAGAACCUUCUGUAGAGGAGAAGCUGCAGAAGCUGCACAGUGAGAUCAAGUUCGCGCUGAAGGUGGACAAUCCGGACGUGCAGAGGUGUCUGAAUGCACUGGACGAGCUGGGGACGCUGCAAGUGACCUCCCAGAUCCUGCAAAAGAACACCGACGUGGUGGCCACACUGAAGAAGAUUCGCCGGUACAAAGCCAACAAGGACGUCAUGGAGAAGGCGGCGGAGGUCUACACGCGGCUCAAGUCGCGGGUGCUGGGGCCCAAGAUUGAGGCAAUCCAGAAAGCCAACAAGACAGGCACCGAGAGGGAGAAGGCGGAUGAGCUGCUGAGCGGGGAGGAGGCCCCCAAGGACAAGGCUGAGGACGAGGCUGCUGAUCUCCCAGCCCCCGUGAAUGGCGAUGCCACAUCACAAAAGAGGGAGAGCGUGGAGGACAAGGAGGAAGACGGGCAGGACUCGGAGGAGGGCGCGAGGUGCGGCUCUGGAGACCUGCAGGGCGACAGCCUGCGGGAGGGCCCCGACCCGGACAGGCCUGGGGGCGAGCGGCAGGAACGCGAGAGGGUGCGGCUGGACGAGGAGAGCUGAGCUCGGGCUGCGGCUGCUGCCCCCUUCCCCACCCCCGCCAGAGCAGAGACCUUGGGGGGAACCGCUGUGCUGUUUGUUUGUAUCUGUCCCCUCGGGGGGUUUUCUGCCUAAUUUCUGUGAUUUCUGACCGACAUGAAAUGACUAUAAAGGGUUUUCUAAUGAA